UUUUGUUUAAAUGUAACACAUCUGCAGACAGAGGCAUCCUAGAGUCAGAGCAACCUGCCAGAGAAAUGGCGCGUGUGCUGUGUUUUCUGGCAGUGGGGCUGUUUCUGUGUGUGCUGGGACAGUUGACUGCAGCAACCUUGAGCCACAAUGACGUACUGAGAGCCAUCAAUGAUGCCAAAAGAGUCAUUGAUGAUGCCUACACUUACUCUCGUGCUGAGUCUCUGAGGCGUAUAAGGAGGGGUAGCUAUAAUCCAUCUGACCUCCUGCGUUUGAUGAAGCAGCCGGCCCGAGAUGCUCGCUCUGCAGUGAGAUCAGCAGACUACCUGGAAUACACUCUCCAUCUCCUGAACGAAAGACACCACAUCCACAAGCGCUCACUCAAUGCUACAGAUUUGAUCAGCGAAGAGGAUCUGGACACUAUCCAUCGUCUGACUGGAUGUGCUGCCCGUGUACGUCAACCUAAUUGCAAGUCCACACCCCACGUAAACCAGUACCGUACAACUACAAGUGUCUGUAACAACAGGAAUUUCCCCCGCCGUGGCUCCUCCUCCACCCCCUUUGCUCGUUGGCUUCCAGCUGAGUAUCAAGAUGGCAUCUCCCUACCACAGGGCUGGGACCCCAUGCUCCAGCGCAAUGGAGCCAUGCUGCCACUGGUGAGGCUCGUUUCAAACCGCAUCCUUAGCACAGCCAACGAGGAUGUGGUGAGUGACAAUCUCUACACGCAUCUGAUCACCAUCUUCGGCCAGUGGACGGACCAUGACCUCACAUUAACACCUUUCUCUCCGAGCAUCCGAUCCUUCAACAGCGGCAUCAACUGUGACGAUAGCUGUGAACGUACAGAGCCAUGCUUCCCCAUUGGUAUUCCUCCCAAUGACACACGCUCUGACGAGUGCAUGCCCUUCUUCCGUUCUGCUCCAGCUUGUGGGACUGGCAACACCGGUCACAUUUUCGGAGCCACCAACGUGCGCGAGCAGCUGAACGUCCUGACGGCCUUCCUGGAUGUGGGGCAGGUGUACGGCUCAGACGAAAAGCUGGCGGAAGAACUGCGCGACCUCACCAAUGACAAAGGCCUGCUGAAGGUGAACGAGCAGUUCACAGACAACGGACGUGAGCUGCUGCCCUUUUCUCGGAAGAAGGACAUGUGUGCCAACCGUAGGCGUAUCACUAACGAUAGCAACGCUCAAGAGGUAAACUGCUCCCUGGCUGGGGAUGAACGUGUGGAUGAGAACAUUGGGUUGACCUCUAUCCACACUUUGAUGUUGCGUGAACACAACCGUUUGGCACGUGCUCUGGCCAAACUUAAUCCCCAGUGGAGUGGAGAGACCAUCUAUCAGGAGGCACGCAAGAUCAUGGGUGGCUACUUCCAGGUGAUCACGUUCCGUGACUACUUGUUACACAUUAUUGGCCCAGAUUUCCUUAACGGACCUCAGCUUGGCCCUUAUCCUGGUUAUGAUGAGAAUGUGGACCCGUCCAUCGCAAAUGUGUUUGCCACCGCAGCCUACCGCUUUGCCCAUCUGGCCAUUCAGCCCUUCAUGUUCCGUCUGGAUGAGAACUAUCAGGAGCAUCCACAGUGGCCCAACGUGCUGUUCCACAGGAACUUUUUUACACCCUGGAGGCUGAUCUUUGAGGGGGGCAUCGACCCAGUGAUUCGUGGUCUGGUGGGCCGUCAGGCAAAGCUCAACACACAGGACACCAUGAUGCACGAUGAGUUGCGCGAGCACCUCUUUAGGUUCCUUAGUCACGUAGCGCUGGACCUGGCUGCUCUGAACAUGCAGAGGGGACGCGACCAUGGCAUUCCUGGCUACAAUAGCUGGCGUGGCUUCUGUGGCCUGUCCCAGCCUCGCACGCUGGAUGAGCUGGCCGUGGUCAUGAACAACACCAAGCUGGCCCGUAACCUGUUGGAGCUCUACGGCACCGUGGACAACAUCGACGUGUGGCUGGGAGGAGUGGCCGAGCCUUUCGUGGACGGAGGACGCGUGGGACCACUGUUUGCCUGCAUCAUUGCCAGACAGUUCAAGAAUGUCCGCCAGGGUGACAGGCUGUGGUGGGAGAAUGACGGUGUAUUCACCGAAGCCCAGCGUGAGUCUCUGCGCACAGCAUCUCUGUCUCGUUUCAUCUGUGACAACACCGGCAUCACUGAUGUCCCUGAGAACCCCUUCGAGUUCCAGCCACGUGGCUCUGGGUACACACGCUGUGAGGACAUCACAGCCUUUGACCUGAGCCCCUGGAAAGAAAAUGCUGCGGGCCCAACCAAAGACUACGCCCCAUGGAAAAGUGAGCAAGGUCCAGCUGGACCCCCAGGCCCUGCUGGUCCCCCUGGCCCACCUGGCAAUGCUGCUCGCGCUGCCUUCGCCUUGCGCCUGGGCUACAACUUCCCGCACCCAGGCAAACCCAUUGCCUUCAAGGAUGUCAUCUACAACGGCCAGAGCCUGUACAACACCCAGACUGGCGUGUUCACCUGUGUGGAGCCCGGUGUCUACCAGUUUGACUUCCACUGCACGCUCUACCAGAACGUGGGCAACGUGGACCUGCGCCACAACGACAAGCUGGUGCUCCACUCCUUCACCACGCAGCAGAACGGCUACGUCACCGCCACCGGGGGCACCAUUCUGCAGCUGAAGGCUGGGGACCGUGUCUACCUCAGUGCCAACUAUGGCGGCAACGGCCUGACCGCCGACAGCUUCUUCUCCGGGCACAUCCUCUUCACCGUCUAAUGGACAGAGGUUACAUGUCAAUGAGAGCUACUCUCUUCUUGAGUGGCAUAGUCUCAUAGGUCUAUAUGAUCUGAUUUACUGUUACCUGUCCUCUUCACACACAAAUUCUCCUCUUCUCCUCUCCUUCCUGUCUAGUCUCUGCUCUCUCUUUCUCCAUCACUCAGGUCAGGAAAAAUGAAGAUGAAGGAUGAGCACUUAAUAUAUGUGUAUCACAUGUCGUAUUUAUUUUGUGUCUUAAAUUGUUUCAUGAAUGAUUGCUCUUAAUGUAUUUGUCAACGCUAAUGGAUGUAUUCUGUCAAUUUGGAUGAUAAGAAAAAUACUUUCAUGGAGGAACACUUGUUUGCACUGAUUUAACAAUGCACUGAAUGUACAUACUCACAAACAUAUAGCCACAUUUUCACAAAUUCAGAAUGUGAAGCUAAAAGGCUAUCUGACUUUUAAAUUAUGGUGAUUAAUUAGCACCAAUUCAGGGAUUUGAGUCAAUAACUGCUGUUAACAUAAAUGGGAAGUGUUUGCUUGUUGAAUUGUGUUCCUGUCCUGUCCUUUCUUCAAGAUCUUUGUAUACAUUCUUAAUGCAAUAAAAUCACAAUUAAGACUAA